AUGCCUGAGCAUUUAGAACUACAACACCUUGUGGAUCUCUCAGUGGGCAGUGGUGACGAAUCUAUACCAAAUUUACUGGAGAACAAGAGACCACUUAUCAAACGAUGUCCCUACCUGGGACUGAUUCUAGCGACGUUGUCAUCACUGUUUUUUUCGCUAUGUUCAGUAAUUGUCAAAAGUUUGGUAAAUAUAGACCCUAUGCAGCUAGCAAUGUUCAGGUUUAUAGGGGUACUACUUCCAACUAUACCAAUUGUUAUUUACACAGAGCAGCCAAUAUUUCCGCAAGUUUCUGGUAAGCUAUUCAUAAAUUAUGGUUCAAAAACAGAGGGAUGGUGUUGUUCAUUGUUAAAAAGUAAAGAGGGGAUAUACCUUGCU